AUGAAACAAAACCAAUCACAACAAACUGCACAAGAUUUAAUUGAUUUAAUGAAUCAUAUGAAGGAGAAAAUCCAAACAGAAAUUCCUCAGUUAUUUAAUGAUUUUGACAAAAAAGCUACUGAUUAUUGUCAAAUUCUCGAAAAUCCUCCAAAAGAGUUUUAUAAAUCCGAUGAUACAUUAGUUGAAAUACAAAGGAAUAUGAGUAAUUUCAAGUAUUUUACUCAACUUUCUUUUGGAAAUGAAUUUGAUUUUUCAACAGCAAACUUAAGAAAAUUGAUUCGAAACAAAAAGAGGUUCGAAUUAAUUGUUUUUAGAGAACUUGUUGAUUCUGCAGUUGCAUUAAUGAAAGAAAACAACGAAGAUCCUCAGAUGCUUGAAGAAGUUUUCUCAUUAUCGAUUUGUGCAGAUAUUAUUGCAUUAAAUACAAAUAGAAGAAGAGAAUCAACUCAGUUCUUAUUAGAAGUAGCUAAUUUAGCUACUUCUUUACAAUGUAAAGAGUUGUUAAUAAGAUGCGCCGAAUAUGCAGAUGGCUUUUAA